GACCCCGCUACUGGCAUUGAGUUUCCGACUACUCUGCGUGUGACUACCAAAGUCAAGACGCCUCUGUUGUCCUUGGUCGGCGUUGGCGUUCGAACGGUGUCUUUCCUGGGUAUAAAAGUAUAUUCUGUAGCUUUCUAUGCAGACCUGAACAACCCAGAACUAAAGAUAACCGAUUCUAUGACUCCGGAUGAGAAGAUAGAUCUCAUCGUUAGAACAUGCGCAUGCGUGAUUCGAAUCGUGCCGACUCGAAACACGUCCUUCACGCACCUCCGGGACGCCUUCGUGAGAGCUACCGGAGAGCGCAUGGUCUUGGGGCGCAAGAAUGGCACGCUUUCUGAAGAGGAAGCAGUCCAAGUGGGGCCGCCUUUGAGAAAACUAAAGUCUCUGUUUCCCAAUUCACCGUUGAAGAAGCAUACACCCCUUGAUAUCUUCCUUGCUGCGCCAGUUCCAGGACGUCAUCGCGCCUUGAUUUUCCGCGAUUUGGGUGGUCUUGAAAGCGAUUGGCUUGCACCAGAAUUCAUCCUGCAUUACUUUGAAAGCAACGGCGUGAGCCCACCGGUAAGCUCAAUUCAUUCAGAGCGAAUCCCUUCAAUUACUUAUGAUAACCAGCUCAAGCAGACUGUUAUUGCGCGCCUUAAGGACUUUGUAAAGUAG